AUGGUCGAAUAUGUCGGCGUUCCAAAGAAUGAGGUUGCCAAAUGGGUCGGCAUAUCCUCCGCCGUCACGUCGAUCAGCCAGGGUAUCAUGGCCGUAACUUGGGGUACUGCCUCGGACCACUUCGGUCGCAAGCCGAUCAUCCUGUCGGGGCUGACCUGCACCAUGAUUAUUUCUUUGCUCUUCGGUUUCUCACAGACCCUGACAUGGGUAGUGAUUACCCGCGCCCUGCUCGGGCUCAUGAACGGUAAUGUUGGCAUUAUCCGUACGAUGGUGGCCGAAAUGGUCCCAGAGAAGGAGCUGCAGCCGCGCGCCUUUAGUAUUAUGCCUUUGGUGUGGACUAUUGGCACCAUCUUUGGCCCUGCCUUUGGAGGUGCCCUCGCACAUCCGGCGGAGAAGCACCCGGAAAUCUUUGGCAACUCGGAGUUUCUAAAGAGGAAUCCUUUCAUUUUGCCUAACAUAGCAUCUGCAAUCCUCUUUAUCAUUGGUAUCACGACGGGGUUCUUGUUCUUACAUGAAACACUGGCAACAAAGAAGGACAGCCACGACUACGGCUUAGUAUUAGGCAAAAUGCUGACCAGUUGCAGUACUUCACGAGAGAAGAAAGCGCGGUACACUGUGCAGGACGACGAGAACACUCCUUUGCUGGGUGAGAACCCGCCUCAGCAGAAGAGAGCUCCGGUCAAGCGACCGAGUUGGAAGGAGGUGUUCUCGCCGCAGUCCAGACUGGUACUCAUGGCGUAUGCCUUGAUGUCACUACACACAAUGGCAUUCGACUCACUUCUCCCAGUGUUCCUGCAUACUCCUGUCCAACAACUCCAUGGUAACCCGGAUGUGCACCUACCAUUCAAAUUCAUAGGAGGAUUUGGCGUCGACUCUCAAACGAUCGGCAUCUAUUAUACCCUGAUUGGAAUCAUCGGGAUGUUUGUACAAUUUCUGGUCUUUCCAAGUGCUGCCAAGCGAUUUGGUGUCCUUAAUUGCUUGAAGGCCAUGGUUCUCGUAUUUCCCAUUAUCUACCUGGUAACCCCGUUCACAGCUUUGGUACCGGAGUCUCUGCGCCACGUAACAGUCUUCCUACUCAUGCUCUCAAAGCUUGCGGCGUCCAUCUUCGGCUUCCCUUGCAUCACGAUUUUGUUGACCAACUCAGCCACUAGCCUAACCGUGCUGGGAACCCUGAACGGUGUUGCCACGAGUGUCAGCGCCGUGGGACGAGCCGCCGGGCCCGCCAUCUGCGGGGCGGCGUUCUCGUUCGGCGUGAAGAAAGGCUACGUCAUCUUCCCUUGGUGGAUGCUCGCCAUUUUCGGCACUCUGAGCGCUCUCCCUAUCUACUGGACCGUUGAACCGGAUGGAUUCCAAGGCAACGACGCUGAAGAGGAGCAGGACGAACCACAAGAAAGCGACUACGGGGCAGCUGAUCACGGCCAGUCCCCCAAGGCCAGGGCAGGUAACUAA